AGCUAUUAUGUAAGAUUUUACGAUUAUCGCGUGAUUAACAUUAGAUUCCAUAUUAUAGUCAAGAAAUAUGCAAACAUUGCAAACCAAAUGAAAACUUUAUUGUAGUCUUUAUUUCAAUAUUUUCUCCAUCUCGAAGUAAUUAUUUGAAAGAAUCCAGAGGAAGAACGUGAUAAACUUAUCUUGGAUCACGUUUUCCCCGUUUAUCACGUUUAUCACGUUUUCCCCGUUGUAGCCUCAUGUGAAAGAUCUUUUCUUUUUAUGUGAUACACGUGAGCAGUGCGCGAAUAAUAUCUGCAAUCUCGAAGUCCUUGACCCUUUUCUUCGCGACUUUACUUUUACUUAACGUUCCUCGCGUGUAUGCCCUAGUCCCCACUUCCGUAAACUCCUUUCGCUUUUUCCUAGCACCUAUCUCGGUGAGUCGAGCUAGACCAGGGACCGUGAUUCGCCGCAGAACGAAAGAGCAUAUCUUCGGUUUAUUAUCGAGACCAUCGCGCGAAUACUUUUGCAGCAGUGUCCAGAGCUUCUCUCAUCACGGUAGAAUGUUCGAAUACCGCUCGGCAAAAUUUUCACCGAGUCAGUUUGAAAGAGUGAUGCGAAACUAAACAUUUCAACUGUCGCAAAUGUUUGCGGUGACAAGCACGGCGAAGCUCGAGAUCGAUGAGCAUUUUAAAUCCGCAGUAACGAUCUCCAAGACUAAGAAUGUCAAACGCAGGAAGAAUCAUCGUUGGAAUAACGACGAUCCCAGAACGUUGCAUCUUAUGCGAGUUAAAGGAUUUCCGCGACUAUUGCCCGAAGGCAUUCUCGCUUUGGCCGAUUAUUGUCGAUGGCUUCGCGAAUUAUCUUUAUCGUAUGCUUUGCUGAGCGACGAGCUGCUCUCAGCUUUGUGCUCGGUAAAGCAAAUUCACUUGGAAACUCUACGAGUGGAGGCACAUCCGGAAGCGAAGCCUCUUCCAUGUGUCAGCGACAAAGCGUGGUCCGCGUUUUCAAAUCGUUUGCCCGACAUAAAUCUCGCGCUACUAUCUUACAUGACCGACGACGAUGAUAAAAAAUUACUCUUCACGUCGCACAUCCCCGUAACGCAUUUGUACCUUGGUGACGAAACAUCAGAGUCGACAAUGUCACGGAUAAGCAAGCAAUAUCCACAAUUGAUUGAAUUAGUUAUCGCCGCUUAUGGAUGUGGUCCGAUUGAUCGAUUCCUGAUUUCCGUGGCCAAGAACUGCCCGCGGCUUAGCGCCGUCGGUUUGGGCGAUUGCGAAAUUACUUGUUCUGGGUUAGCGAAAUUCGUUGCGUUGUGCGCACAUCGUCUGCAGGUACUGUAUGUUUCGGAAACAUCGCUGAUAGAAGAUGCGGACCUCGAUAUCGCUAAAGUGUCGACGAACUUAUCUUCGCUCCUUGGUCGAACGUGGAUACCAGAGUACGUACCAUUGUGGUAAUCUCCUGAGAAGUGAAAAAGAGGUUUCAACGUAAUUUACAGCCGUAACAGGAUACAUGACGAAAUAAAAUAUUCACGACGUAGUUUUCUAUUUUUCACAAAUUACAUAAUAACUUACAGAGAUUUUGCAAUGUCGAACAGAAAAUUCAACGUAUUCACUUUCAUGUUUAUAAUGCUUGUAACAUUUGCAGUAAAACUGCUGGAUAGUACUAAAAAUCUGAAAUAAUCUCGAUAUAUUCUACGUGCAAUAUCGUUUCGUCUGUUGAAUUAGCAGUACCGCAGAAAUUAAUUGAUCGUUGCUGUUGAUACCAAAAAAUAGAAACUUUAUUAGUUUAUAAUAGUAUUUUUUUUAGAUGUUUUAUAUAUAUAUAUAAAAUAAUGUAACGUUACUAGCACUUGUCUACCGUCGUCGCGUAUGGUAGACCCGUAUAAUAUUCAAUAUCCAUACGUAAUAUUAUUAUGAUAUAUAACAGUCUCUGUAUAUACAUUAUUUCUACAUUAUUAUAUAAUAAAUGAUUGGGCAUUUAACAUUACGAUGUCCAGCAACAUUAACAGCAA